AUGGGCAUCUAUGGUCUUACAUGCAUGCCUGAUGGCGACUUUUGGGUGGGUAUGCGUGCAUCCACAGAGAACCUGCUCUGUGCCUUCCUGGCGCUACAGUACACAAGAAAAGUUGAGAAUGAGAGGUGGCGAAGGGGGCCAUGGAUGGCUGGGAAGGAGAGCGUGGAGAAGGUGGGGAGUGGUGUAUACGUACCACAUCUUCUUGAUCCAGUCAUCUAUUUUUGGGCAUUUGGGUUGGAGCACAACCUGCUGUCCGUGGCCUUCAAGAACGUGGUGGGCGGCAGCCGCUCCGCCUGGCACGUCAUCUCGACCAUCCAGCAGAAGACCAACGCCUCGGACAAGAAGUUGCAGUUGAUUAAGGACUAUCGGGAGAAAGUGGAGUCCGAGCUGAGGUCCAUUUGCACCACCGUCCUGGAAUUGUUGGAUAAGUAUUUAACAGCCAAUGCAACUAAUCCAGAGAGCAAGGUUUUCUAUCUGAAAAUGAAGGGAGAUUACUUCCAGUACCUUGCCGAAGUUGCAUGUGGUGAUGAUCGAAAACAAAUGAUAGAUAAUUCCCAGGGAGCUUACCAAGAGACUUUUGAUACAAGCAAGAAAGAGAUGCAACCCACACAUCCCAUCCGCCUGGGGCUGGCUCUUAACUUUUCUGUAUUUUGCUAUGAGAUCUUUAAUAACCCAGAGCUUGCCUGCACGCUGGCUAAAACGGCUUUGAACGAGGCCAUUGCAGAACUUGAUACACUGAAUGAAGAUUCGUAGAAAGACAGCACCCUCAUCAUGCAGUUGCUUAGCGACAACCUAACAUUAUGGACAUCAGACAGUGCAGGAGAAGAAUCUGAUGCGGCAGAAGGGGCAGAAAACUAA